CUGCCGCAUCCGGCGCUCCGUGUGACAGCGGCGGCGGGACCCCGGUGCCGAGUCUCCCGAGGCGGCUGUAGCUGCGAGUGCGGUGCGCCGACGGUCGUGGUCGGUCAGGUUCUCGGCCCGCGGGGUCGGAUCGGUCGCCGCUGCAGUGGUCGAGGGGCUGUCGCUUGCAGAGAGCGAGUAUCCUGUGCGGCCAGCUUGCGGAGGCCAGUUUGAGUAUAAUUUAGUGACACUUCCUCUGAACCGGCGACGGCGUCUCCCUCACAGCUGACUGUAGAUCGCCGGGGUUACUCUCCCUCUUCGAAACCUAAGCUAAUGACCAUCGAAGGUCUUGAUGGGUCUUAAGGCCCUUGCCAUAGUCCCCAGUACUUGGAGGUCCCCCAGGAAACUUUGUUGAUAAAACCGAGACUGUGAAGUACUAGAGGUUAACCCGGCGUCUCCGCGGCCCUUGUUUCUAGAUAUGGAUCAGAAACUUUCACAGUUGAUAGAAGAGCUCACAACUUCAGGAGAAUCCCAACUGAAUGCCCAGAAAAUGAAGGAACUGAAGAAAAUUUGCAAGUCUUCAGAGGAGCAGCUGAGGCACGCCCACCGCCUGCUGAUGACACAGCUGACUCAGGACCAUGCUGAGAUCCGCCUCUCGGCCUUCCAGAUCGUGGAUGAGCUGUUCACCAGGUCUCAUCAGUUCAGAGUGCUGCUUGUUUCUGACUUCCAGGAGUUCCUAGAGCUCACACUGGGCACAGAUAAUGACUGUCCCCUGCCACCCCCACGGGAGGCAGCCCAGAAGCUGAGGCAGGAAGCCAUGCAGGCUGUGGAAGGCUGGAAUGAGAAGUUUGGGGAGGCUUAUAAGAAGCUAGCCUUGGGCUACCACUUCCUAAAACACACCAAAAAGGUGGAUUUUCGGGAUAUAAAUGUUAGGACUGUGGCAGAAAGGAAACGAGAAGAAGAGAAGCAAAAGCACUUGGACAGAAUCCACAGGGAAAGUGCUGAGCGGGCUAAGAGGGAAAUGGAAGAAAUGUCUGAUGAGAUUGGAUGCUGCCUGACAGAAGUGGAGAACUGCUUUAGGCUGCUGGUGCCCUUGGAUUUUGGCCCAAACCCAGAGGAUAAAUUCUUUGGUGAGGUAUCUGGCACCAUAGAGGGUCAUGCUCCUUGCACCUUGAGCCUGGACCUGGCAACUCCUCAUGAGUCUGGUCUCCCUGGACCCCAAGAUGAAGAGCAGCCAUGCUGCAGCAAGGACUUGGAUACCUCUGCAUACCAUCUUGGACCUGCUGUUGGUCUGAAGGCGCUAGCCCAAACAGCCACGCAAGACCCCUCCAGGGAUGAGGAUGAACACAGCGACCCAGAGGAGUUCCUGCGGAGCCAUGGGCUGGGUUCCCACAAGUACACACUGGACGUGGAAUUCCAAUCAGAUGGUCUGAAGGUACAGGAGAAUGAAGACAACCUUGCUGUCUUCCAAGCUGCCCGAGACUUGCUCAAACUCAUCCAGAACAAGUUUCUACCAACUGUGUGCUCCUGGGUCCAGCGGUUUACCCGUGCAGGCACCUACACUGGAGACUUAAAAAAGGCCAUUGACCUGAAAACAGAAUUGGAACUUGCUCUAAAGAAGUAUGAGGAACUGAACGUUGAGUCUGACAGAGGACAAAGGAGCAGGAUGGAAGCACUGGAGGACAGCGAGGAUGAAGAUCAGGACUUUGUGGAGGUCCCAGAGAAAGAGGGUUAUGAGCCUCGAAUCCCUGACCACUUACGGGCUGAAUAUGGGCUGGAGCCAAAGGCCCCACCAAAGACUCUGAUGAAGGGUACAACUGUGUCUAGCCUACAGGAGAAGAUAAGGAUGAGGAGGGAAGAGGAGGCGUCAGACCCCACCUCAGCAGCUGCCCAGCUGUUGCGGUUCCAGGACUCCUUGCCAUCCACCUCAUCAUCUUCCAGGGUACUUUUAGGGCCAGAGGAAGCCCAGAAGCAAGCAGAGCGGGCCCGAGCACCCAUUGUACCCUUCGGAGUGGACCUGUGUUACUGGGGCCAGGAGCACCUAACAGCUGGAAAGAUCCUUAAAUCCGACUCUCAACACCGCUUCUGGAAACCCAGCGAGAUGGAGGAGGAGGUGGAUAGUGCCCAUGUCUCUGAGAUGCUCCGUAGCCGACACAUCACCUUUUCAGGGAAGUUUGAGCCUGUGCAGCACAAGUGCCGGGCCCCGAGGCCUAAUGGCAGCCUCUGCGAGCGCCAGGAUCGGCUAAAGUGCCCGUUCCAUGGGAAGAUCAUCCCCAGAGAUGACAAGGGGCAGCCUCUCAACCCAGAAGACAGAGCCCGAGAGCAAAGGCGGCAGCUGCAGCAGCAGCAGGCACAUCCAGAUUGGCAGGACCCUGAGUUUAUGAAGGACGUGGAGGCAGCCACAGGGGUAGACCUCGGUUCAUCCAAGUAUAGCAAGAAGGGCAAAGGAAGAAAGAAGAAACACCCCAACCUUACUGACCUUCGAGAACGUGCCAAUACCUCCCGGGCCCGCCUGGAGAAGAAAGUCUUUGCCAAGGCAGCGGUGCAGAGAGUAGUGGCUGCCAUGAAUCAGAUGGACCAGAAGAAACACGAGAAGUUUGCAAACCAAUUUAAUUAUGCGCUGAAUUAAAAGGGUGUGGGCUAAAUGGGCUGUGGUUCCCUUGACCAUCAGCUCUUUUCCUUUCACCAGCUAACUAGGAUAGGAGAACAGGCUUUGGGCUGGGUAAAAUCAACUUGUUUUUAUGUAUGUAACAAUGGAAAAUGAUUCAUUAAAACACUGCCAGAGAAUAUAGCUUAGUGGUAAGGCGUUGAUUCCCAGCAAGUGUAACCAUGCUUAUGGCACCACACCUACAAUGCCAGCAGUUGGGAGACGUUACAGGAUCGAGUUCUAGGCCAGCAUGGAUUACAGGCAAGACUGCUUGAAAAAACAACAACAAAAGCUAGGUGAGGUGAUGCUCACCUGCAGCCCAACACUUAGGAGGCCAGGCAGGAGGAUCAACAAGUUAAAGCUAACCUAGUCCAUGUAGUAAGUUCCAGGCCAGCCAGACUUGCAUAAGUGUUGUGUGUUUCUGGGGGAAGUCUGUCAGGAUAACCUACCUGCACUGGCGUCAGGGGUAGGUCAGGCACCCCAUCUUUUUGCAGGUAAGGUCUUGGGCAGUGAGUCUGUCCCCAGUAGGCCUAUGUCCUUUAUGAUACCUUGAGAAACCCACCUUUUCAUGCAAGUGCUACUUAAUACAGAUGUAUAAGUCCUGGCAUAGAAUUCUGGAAUGGCUCUGUUGAGCUCUGACUAGCCUUCCUAGCACAUGCACAGAGGUAUAACCAAUGUCACUAUCUGCUCCCAGAACUUUAUACCCUAAGACAAAUGCCUGCCCUCCCACCCCUAAGCCCAGUUUGAUUCUGGAUUUGUGUUUUCUAGAAUAAUUGGGUCUGUGGCUUUUUGUUUUGUUGAGAUGUGAUGUCUUUAUGUAGUUCUGGCUGUCCUGAAGCUCACUAUGUAGACCAGGUUAGUAUCAGACUCACAGAGAUCCUCCUGCCUCUGCCUCUUCGAGUACUGAGAUGAAAGGCAUAAAGGCAUGCUCCACCACUCCUGGCUGAGUGUGUGGCCUUUGUUUUCAAGUUCUUCCAUGUUGUGAUACAUACCAAUACUUCACUCCUAUUCAUUGCACAUAAAGAUCACAAUAGAGGACUGGGGAGAUAGCUCAGUGGAGAAAGCACUUUCAUACAAUCACGAGGACUGAGCUGGGUCCCCAGCGUCCAUAGAGAAACCAGGUGCCUGUGGCAGCCUGCCUGUAAUCCUGGCCUGUGUGAGGGGAGCCAGGAUCCCUGGAGCAAGCUGGGUAAGGAGACUAGCCAACAUCAGUGUGUUGUGGAUUCAGCAGGAGACUCAGUCAAUAAAGUGGAGAGCAAUCAAGGGAGACACCCAGCCACAACCUCCGGCCUGGCCUCUGCAGGCGUGUGCACACACACACAUCAACAGAUGUGCACGCACACACACCAAUAGGCAUGUGCCCACAAUAGACACACAUGCACACCACACAUAAAUACACACAAAAAAAAUCACAGUGGGUGGAGUCAUAUUUUGUCUAUUGCCCUUUUUUUCUUCUCUUUUGAAUCAGGGUCUCUCUGUGUAGCCCUGGCUGUCCUGUAACUCACUCUGUAGACCAGGCUGGACUCAAACUUACAGAGAUCUGCCUGCCUCUGCUUCCCCAGUGCUGAGAUUACAGGCGUGCUCUGCCGUGGGCUGCAUCCUUGUUUCGUUAUUGAUAUGUGGCCUGUUCCCACCGUGGAGCUGCCAUGAAUACCUGUGCUUGAGUUUUUGUAUAGAUAAGUGUUUCUGUUAAUCCCUGAUUCAUGGAGUAACACUACUUUGUGAGGAACUGCAAACUGUUGAAUGGUGGGUGCUGAGAAGACAUUUUUUUCUAUCCUUUCCCUUUAAGGUGGCCCUGAUCUUUGAAGAUGAGUUCUUUGUUUUCUAGUCAGGCUUUCUCUGUGCACCUUGGCUGUCCUAGACUCGCUUCCCUGAAUGCUGGGAUUAAAGAUGUGUGCCACCAUGACCAGCUUGAAGCUGAGCUUUUUGUUUUGUUUUGAUUUUUAAGAUAUACUUAUUAUUCUGCCUACAUAUAUGCUUACAGGCCAGAAGAGGGCACCAGAUCUCAUUAUAGAUGGUUGUGAGCCACCAUGUGGUUGCUGGGAAUUGAAUUCAGACCUCUGAAGGAGUAGACAGUGCUCUUAAUCUCUGAGCCAUCUCUUCAGUCCAAAGCUGAAUUCUUUUUUUUUUUUUUAAAGCUUUUUAAAAAAAAGAUUUAUUUAUUAUGUCUACAAUGUUCUGUCUGCAUGUACACCUGCACACCAGAAGAGGGCAUCAGAUCUCUCUAUAGAUGGCUUUGAGUCACCAUGUAGUUGCUGGGAAUUGAACUCAGGACCUCUGGAAGAGCAGCCAGUGCUCUUAACCUAUAAGCCAUCUCUCCAGCCCCCAAAGCUGAGUUCUUAGUCCAUUCAAUUAACCAAUGUCUCUUAAUUGGGGAGCUGAGGCCAUUAAAAUUUAAAGUUAUAUCUAAAGGUGUAUGUUGGUUGCUGUUUUGCUUUUUGCAUUUUUUAUCCUAUUCUGUGUUUCCAUAAUUACAGUUUCACUCGUUUUAUUUCUGUAAUCUUUUGACUAUGCUUUUUUACUUUCCAGUCUAAAAACAAAAUAUUGCUUUCAAUAUUCUCUUUAGGGCUGGUUUGAUGGAUAUGAAUUUUUUGUUUGUUUGUUUAUAUCAUGGAAAGUUUUUCUUUCUCCUUUAUCUAUGGCAAAUGGAAGCAGGAAGCAAGAAGUGUCACUACCUUUUUAUUUUUUAAGACAGUGUCUCACUAUGUAGUCCUGGCCUGCUGUAAACCAGAUGGGCCUUGAACUCACAGAGAUCUUCCUGCUUCUGCCUUUUAAGUGGUGUAAUUAAAAUACAUUUGCCACUUUGCCUAGCCAGUAUUGCUGUUUUAAUAUCUGACAAAAUAGAUUUCAGACUAAAAUUAAUCAGAAGAGAUAAAGAAGGACACUUCAUUCUAAUCAAGAGAACAAUUGAACAAAAAUACAUUACAGUUCUGUAUGCACCAAAUUCUGGCACACCAAAUUUCAUAAGAAAUAUACCAUUGAAUUAAAAACACAGAUUACUCCAAAUCAGUAUUAGGGGCUGAUAUCAGUAUCCCACUUUCUUCAGUAGACAGGUCAUGUGGACAAAAAAAUAAAAUAAAAGAACCAGAAUUAAGUGAUACCAUACAUAAAAUGAACCUAACAAAUAUGUACAGAAUGUUUGACUCAAACACCGAAGAAUAUACAUUCUACUCAGCAGGCCAUGGAUGCUUCUAUGAAAUAGAUCACAUUGACCACACAGCUUUAAUUCCAACCCAGGAGACAGACAAGCAGAUCUCUGAGUUUGAGGCCAGCCUGGUCUGCAGAAUGAGUUCAAGGAUAGUCAGGGAUAGCCAGAAACUUGUCUCAGAAAAUAGAAAUAAUAAAGUGGAUCACAUAAUUUGACACAAAACAUACCAAGUUCAGGAAAAUUGAAAUAAUUCAGUGUAUCUUAUCUAACCACAAUACAGUAAAGCUUCAAGUCAAUGGCAAACAAAUCCCUAAUAAUAUAUACAUUCAUGCAGAUUAAAUGACACAUUACUAAAUGAAAAGAAUCAAGAAAAAAGUUUUAAUCCUGAAGUUAAAUAAAAUUGAAAACAUAAUACAACAAAACCUCUGGGUACAUUAAGUGGACCUAAGAGGUACUAACAUAGCCCCAAGUAACCUGUUUAAAAAAUCAGAAGAGGCAGAAAUAAAUGAUAGUGAUGUGAUUCAAUGAUUUCAAAAAACAGCAAACCAAACCCAAACCCAGUAGAGAGGAAUAAAUGGUAAAAACAUCAUAAAUUAAUGAAAUCAAAAGAAAAUGAUAGAAAGAAUCAAUGAAUCUAAGAGCUUGUUCUUUGACAAGCUGUCAGCAAACCCUUGGCCCAACUAACCAAAAACAAAAAAAACCCAAAGACAUGAUUCAAAUUAAUAGAAUUAGAGUUGAACAGGGAAACAUCACAACAGACACCAGUGAAACUCAGAGUACUGUAAAGGAAUACUUUAAACAACCUGUUCUCCAUCAAGUUAGAAACACUGAAAGAAGAGAAAGCACGAACGUGGUGCACAUGAGUGAAAGUAAAGCACGCAUAAAUUUUUUUAAUUAAAAAAAAAUGGAUGGAUUUCUGUUCUCAUCCAAACCACCAAGAUUAAACAAAGAAGAGACUGACAACCUAAACAGACCUAUAACAAAUGAGGAGUUUAAACAGUAAUUUAAA